AUGAGCAGCGAAUCAACCAUUACGAGCGUACGCGACGAGUCUGAGCUCGUCCACUAUCCCGACGUCAUCUUCCCCGCUGGCAACCCCGAUUUCCGGGCGGGACGGAACCGGUGUGCUAAAGCCUGUAGAGAGUUCAACAACACCCCCGAUGAUGCAGACCCGGAGCAGCGAAGCCAGAGAUGCAUCGUUCGCCCCAACCGUGACCGCGCCAAUGACAGUUCACUGGCGGUCACCCACGACCAGACCUUUGCCAACCCCACCCUCAAGGCUAAGACACCAUUUGUCAAGCCUCCUAUUUUUAUCGACUACGGCGUCCGCUUGCAGGUCGGCGGUUCCACCUUCAUCAACCGCAACUGCAUGAUCAUGGACACACCUGUGGCCGACAUUGUCAUUGGCGAAGGAUGCAACAUUGGCGCAAACUGCUGCAUCAUUGGUGUCACCCACCCAGUCCGCCUCGACGAACGCCUUGAAAGGAACAGCAUCGGGCAGCCAGUGACCAUCGGCGACAAUGUUUGGAUUGGAGCCAACGUCACGAUAUUAGGCGGUGUUACGAUUGGCGAUGGCGCCGUCAUUGGUGCCUGCUCCCUUGUGAAGACCGACGUCCCACCCAUGAGCGUCGCCGUGGGUAGUCCGGCACGCAUCAUCCGUUACCAGCGAGAUAUCAAGCCCGCCGUCCCCGGCGCCUCGCCCACCGCCUUGACCAUGAAGGACGCCCUCGCCUUAGCCAACCGGCUACCCUCGAAGGAACAGAACUGGCUCAAUUCACUCGUUGCGCCACGCCCGCCCGUUUCUGCCACGGGGGUUCGUCGUGGUGACCUCGCCGCCCCUUGUCAAGCCGGGCGGAGAUGCGCUCCUAGAAGCAACGAAGAUCACUUGCUAAAUCUUGACCUCCUAGGCGGCGUCGAAACCGAUAGCGAUCUUGACCUCGACGGGGAAGAUAUGACCUUGCCCGUGGGCAGCCGUCCGUUCACUUCCGAAUCGAGAUCCACCGCACACAAUCUCUUACGCGGGCUCGGGCUGCAGGAAAGAUUGUUGGGCGGUGCCUCCGGACAUGACGGCCGGGGGAAUGACAUCAGCGAGUUGUUGAUCCAGAGGAGACUGCAGCAGGCCGAGCACCGACAGCGGCAAGUGCUGAGAGAGCGGAGGCGAUGGCGGGCUGAAGCGAUUGCCAUCAUCACUGUUGCCGUCGCUCUGUUAAUGGCGUUUUUCUUCGCUGGUGUGUAUCUGGGUGCAAGCAAAAUUUCGGGUGCGAAACCUCUUUAG